AUGGCAACUCGCGACGCGGCGUGGCGCCAGUUCUCUGCGCUGUGCAACGACCUGCGCGACGCCAAGACCGCCAAGACCGCUUCAGUCGCCAUCGCCAACCUGCAAGUGUUCCUGAGCGAUGCCCACCACCGCCAGCUCGUGCAUCGCUGGCGGAGCUGGGGGUACCUUCUCCACCGUCUCUUGCACGUCAUCAGGACAGAAAUGCGCGCGUGUCUGGACGUGACCAGCAAACGCAAGCGCAAGACCAGCGCAAGUUCAAUGACGGCACCGCUCCAGUACUGGCACUAUCUACGCACGGAGCUGGAGACGGCGCACGUGGCAGCAGACGGACCGAUGCUGCACUUGGACGCGAACGGGCGCGACUGUAUUCGACAGUUGUUCACGUUCUCAGUGGCAGUGAUCAAGUGUCAGAAGCCCGUGGCAUUUGGACGGAACUUGGAGGUGCUCGUGGAGAAAGAAGCUUGGGUGACAGUGGAAGUGCUGGUGCAGUAUCGAGUGUAUUGCGUCGUGCUGGACUACGAGGAGUGGAGAAGCAUGCUGGAGCGGACGUUGAGAAGUUUCUCGCCAGAUAUGGACAGUGGACGACUGACGGGAGACGUGCAGACGGCCACGACGCGUGGGCGGGUCCUUGGACUUUUGCUGAAAAACAGUCCAUUUGACUUGAGUUCUGUGACUACGAGCGUGAUUUUGCAGGUUACAGCGUGGUUUGAAGCGGUGAAUGUGGAGCACAAAGCAGAUUUGCUGCUUUCUAUUUCGUCAACGCUAAUGGAGAUACUAACGGACAUGAUGCGGACGAACUCUGGAGCGAUUGCGCCGUUAUUGCUUCGGCGAGGAGUGGUAGUGCUGGAGUUUAUCUGUAAGUCGAAUAGAGAUAGGAAGAACGGACUACGGGGCACCCCUGCAGAGUUUGUGAUGCAAUUCCUCGAUCUCUAUCGGCAUAAUGUGACUGCUAAGCCAGACAAGUGCUCUUUGUCUCCUAAUGAGCUAUUAUGUGAGAUGAAGAAGCUGGUCCAUGUUGCUAUGGGUCCAGGAGAAAUCAGUCUCGUGAUGACGCAGCUCAACUCGGCUCGAGAACGAAGGCUAGGGAACGCAUUGGGGAUCGACGACCAAGAGAUCCGACGCUUAGCUUGUACUGCCGAUAUUAUCUUCCACCAUGACCACUUGGUGUCGGAGCAGAUACAGAGCGCCACCGGCGAUCCGACAAAAUAUGGUACUUUGCCCGAACAAUUUAUUGCUGGGAGCAAACACCCGAUAUUUACCACAGCCGACCUAGCGUGGGAAGUUGUCACCGAGCAUAUUUUUGAGAGCCCACGAACAGAAACACAGUACGUAUCAGCAAGCUCAGUUUCACCUGCGUCACAGCGGCAAACGCAACCAGUUGCGUAUUUGUCAAGCAGUUCUCGUGCAUCUCAGUCCAGACGAAUCGACGCAAAACAAACUAAUGAUUCAGGUUCAUGGUUAUUGCUGCUUCUAGCCAUUUUACGGCGUCACGGCGAUUACUACAUGUCCAACCGCAUCGGCGACUUAAUAAUGGUAAUGCAGAAGCUGGGAGACAUGUUGGUCGUCAAAGAAAUGGGAAAGCUGCAAGCACUGACGCUACAUGUUCUGAUCCAAAUGGCCUCGCUUUCGGCACGCUUUCGUGACGAGUUCAAUGACCACCUGAGUGAACACUGGGCCAAUGUGUGGCAAAACUUGCUCCGACCGGAUCUCCCCUACACCCGCAUUACGGAGAGACUAGGUCUGACAAGAGGCCAAGCAGGCGAUGCAGUGUUGGUGCUAUUGAACUGCUGUAUAUCAUUUGAACUUGUCUCGAUGCGAUUUAUUGCAGCAAGCAGCAUGCAUUUGUGGAAUCUACCGGCUUUUCGGGAAUCAACGCCUGAUGGCCCAGUUUCUCGAGGAGACGCCAUGAGGCCUUACGCCAGAACAUCGAUGGCAUCCAUUUGUUUCUUACUGUCACUACUUCGUUCUGUUCAACUGCCAGUAGAAGCUGGCAAACCCACAGCAGUAUCACAAACGCAUCGUGCUUUUGGCACUGAUGAUAAUGCUCUCGACAACCAGCAUGAAUCGCUGCAGAUAAGAUUACUUCGAUCAGUAUUUGACCAUCUCCGCGUGCAAGUAUUUCAAAGGAAUAGUACGGUUGCUACGGGAAGCUCAGCAAAUUCUGUCACAAGAAUUGACCGGCAGACCGAAGUGUCGCCGAUAGUAUAUGCGUCUGUCAUACGGUCAUUCUUUGGUCAGACAUCUUCAAAGAUGGAUACUCAAGAAACCAUCUUUACUCCCGAACUGCUCCGCAAGUUUUCAGCAAGAAGCGAAAAAGAAUGCGAAGGUUGGAUUGCGGGUGAGGAGAUGAAUGGCUUUGGUGUGGCGUUUUGCAUGCAUGAAAAUGGACUGGAAUGCCUCUCCAUGACUUUUCCACUAUCCACCGGAGUUGUGUCAUCUGCAUUUUCGCCAUCUCAUCGAGCAGCAAUGGAUAAUAUCGUCGAUCCGGGUGAGUCGUGUUGGUUCGACGGGGCAAGCUCGUAUGAAAGAAAUCUUGACGACCGAUUCGAGAGGCUUGCUGUUCCGCCUGGUCUGUUGGGGCAUCUGCCUCCUCAUCCAAAUAUAUUUAUGAGCAAUAGUUUUUGUUCGAAACCCCAUUUUGUCUGUGCUCAAUCCCUUUCGAAGAGCAAAGAGCAAGCCUUGGGAAAGGAAGUAGUCAACUUGUUUUCUGAUUUGCUGUCGCAAAUAUGGAGCAGUCUCCCGUCCGAUGGAUGCAGUCCAAGUAAAGGAUUGCAAGUGCUGGCAAAUUCGCUGGACGUGGGCCUGAUUCUUGCAGCACUUUAUGCUGAUGAAGCUGCAAAUUGCUCAGCUGGCAUGGCCAGGAGCCGUGUUCGUGUGCUUCCGUUGUUAAAGCAAUACUUCGAUAUCGUCGCAGACUAUUUGAGGCCAAGCGUGAUCAAGCAAGCACAGCAUAGUCAAGCUAUGUCAGAGAACAUUCUACACAUACUGCGCAGAUUCCACACAAUUAUCAUAGCUACGCAAGGCCAGAACACACUUGCUAGGUGUCAUCAUUUAUCAGCAGACCCGAUUGAUAUACGCACCCCGUCAGAAGUUGACUCAGCGAUCGCGACUAUUGUCAACGCACUAGAAGUCUCGCUGGCUUGUUCUAGUGGCACGUCAACGGAAGCCAUGGUACAAUUGUCGCCUCGGCCGCGCACCCGUUUCCGUUCAGUCCAGAGUAAAUCUAGCUUGACAUCAAGUUUGAGCCAUGCGUCACAACCACAGCUUCAAAGUCAGCCUACACAAAAGGAGUACGAUGCUAUGGAUGAUGGUGACGAAAAGGAUACCCCUCGCGAUCGUCCUGCGAGUCGUGUUUCGCAAGAAUGUGUCAGUUUGUGGUGUAUUCGUUUAAUCUUGCUGCUCAAGAAAGAUAGCGGUCUUUCCGCCGUGAAGAACUCUUUGGAAGAUCUCCAACUUGACCCCGAUUUUGUGCUGGCAGUCGCUGUUCUCCUUUGUGGUGUCACGAGUCACGACGGCCUGGAGGUGUUUGUCAAACUCAUCGAUCACGCCGCAGAGGAAGGUACGUGUGAACAUCGCAACUUGUCGGCUGCCCGCGGUGGGAGUUGUCAAGCGUCAAUCUUUCUUUCCCAAGUGCUAUCUGCCCUUGCAAUCGCAGGUUUUGUGUAUGAGAAACGCAAGUGUGAGCACGGUGAAUCACCUCCCAUGCUUUUAGUGGAAUGUGCGAAGAAACAUUUGAACGCCAUGGCUGGCGCUGGAUCCAAAACGAAUUUGCGCAUGGUACGAAGAGCCGAACUGCAGUGCCUUGAGGUCUUUUUCCGUCUCGACACGCACGAAUUUAAUGCGUUCGAAGAAGCAUGUAUGACUGGGCUCACAGACUGCGACGCGAGUGUGCGUGUCAUAGCGUCUCGCAGUCUUCAGUCCGUUUACUAUAUGUACCCUGAAGGCGGCGAAAGCAUUUUCCGGCACUUUUAUACAGAAAUGAGAGCUCUGCUCGAUGUACCGCUCGAGAAAGUUAGUGCCAAUGUGGAGCAAACGCCUGACAAAUUGGAAGUAUUGCUUCAGUCGACAGGGCAAGAAGUUGUGAAUUCUCGGUUGUCCAUGGACCUGUGCUUAUCUGUGCUGCUGAGUUUGUAUGUGAGCGCUUGCUCAUCUCAGAUGGUACUUCCCGUAGCUCUUAACGCAUGCGUUGAACUGGCAUCAAUGGACGCGUCACUGUAUGCUGCUGGGACUCCUUCAUUAACUUCGACCUGUCUACAUGCGAUAGCAGUGUUCUAUGGAUACGCAGACAUUUCGGAUUUGCUGGACGAUCAUUUUUGUAGUCUCUGGCACGAAUUUAUUGUUACAAGCUGUCGACCGGCUCGGGCUGAUGACGAGGACAGUACAGCGUGGAUGAAGAGCAACCCGGUAGACCCUCUUCCCGAUGGAAAGUUGUUGUUGCAGCAGUUUCCACUGUCAGCACUUCUUAAAGAGAAGGUUGAUUUAGACACCCGGAGAUUGAACUUUGCAACAAAGGUAGACAUGAUUCUAUCAGUUGGCGUGCUUCAUAGUUUUGUUUAUGGAAAACAUUCUGCAGUAAAAACGAGUCGUUUUGGCUUUGUUAAUGAUCUGGCAACCUAUCUUUUCGACAAACAAGGCAACGAGCAGGAGCAUGACAUCUUUGUUGGAGAGAUGGGUGAGCAACUAACGACGGACCUGUUCGCAUUUUCAUUUAUCUUGUUGGUGUACCCUGAUCCAAUGCUGAAUGAGCUCGGUAGCCGCAUGCUCGAGAAAGCAGAGCAACAGGCACAAGUGCGCGUUCUCACGUUAUCGCAUCUCGGACACAUCGUAAGCAAAAUGACCCGAUUUAUAGUGUGGGGUAUUGUUGGCGGGAUGAACGACAACCGAUGUACUCCAGGGGAGUUAUGGACGAAUGCUCUAAAAGCAAUGAAAGAGAAGUACUCCGAGUUAGACUGGAGAUUGAUGAAUGUGGCUGAUCUGCUCAGCGACUUUAACGUCCUUUUGCUAAGGGCAGAAUUGUUUUCUCCGAGAGCUGUGUAUGCAGUGGAGUGCUUCAACGCUUUCGCUGUCGAGAUUUGUGACACAGUGGCUGAAAGCUUUAUAUUGCAACGUUUGUUGCUCUCAAUAUGCUUCCAGGCGAUCAAGCAUUUAGCAACCAAAAAUGAGCGACGAAUUGGUAGUACGUUGUCGCGUCUUUCCCGCGAAUUAUGUGAGCGUUUUCUCAAAAAGGCAGACACGUUUGGACAAUAUGUUGGGUUUGUGGUGCAAGAAAUUAGUGGCAUCUUGUUAGACUCUAGCGAGAAGCCGCAGGUUUUUUCUGACGUCACUCCCCUUGGCAUUGAAUCGCAGAAGAGGCUAAGUAUGAAUGCAGAUGAUCGGGUGCAACUGGAGUGGGUGAUUUCUGCUGCAUGCAUUGACUUCGGGGGCGGGCUAGGAAAGUAUACUCAAGACAUCGGGUUGGUACCAAAUGGUAUAUCAGGGAGUCUCGACAAGCUCAACAGCUUAAUUACAGGAGCUCAGCAGACAGUUUUGUCGGAAGCAAGCGAAACUAAUGACAGCGCCACAGGCGGACAGAAUCAAGCGAAAAACCAGAUUGAAGCUUUUAUCCGAAGGAUGCGCGCCCGUGGUAUGAAGUUUUAUGACCCACUGUUUCCGAGCAGUUCGCUGAGUAAGAACUCUACUGAAGAUAGACGGCACGUCCAGGUUCAUGCACAAGCUUCAAUGGGGUCGUCCAUAGAUAUCCAGUUGUCAGCUCUAACCACUAGCAUCCGAACUCUGCGAGAUUCUACCUUCUCUACAAGGGGACUGUACGAAAAGCUGACUCACACAUUAUUAUAUCUGAGUUCUGCGGGCACAUUCGGUAAGAACGCAAACACUCGAGACAGGGAUACAGCCAGUCUAGCAAAUGCUUUGGGUGAGAUAGGCGCUCUAGACGCAAGCGAGUAUGAACUGAGCCCGUCCGAGCAAGAAGGAGAAUUGUCUCGCUUGCACCGACUACAUUUUCAUCGAGGGGCGUUGCAAGAGACGAAGACAGCUUUCUCUCUUGCGAUGUACGAGAGCUUACUGGUAUAUCUGAGCUCUAUCGUUUUUGAGGAAAGAAUGGCUGGAAAGGGUCCGUCGUCAAUGCUGCAGCAAGCGCUACGGACGUUGAAGAGUGUUCUUAAUCUCGAUGAAGGUAUUGCUGCCUUAACUCGGUGCAAGGACGGCGAGCUCAAAUCGUUUCUAUCUCCUUUUGAAGCAUCAUCGCCGUCUAAUUGGUCUUCUACUUCACUGCUCACUACCAGACGAAAGCCAAAGACCGCGCUGCGACGCUGUACAGAGCUAUGGACUUCCGCAAGAAAGAUUGGCUUUGAGGCCUGGGUUUGCUCGUUGGCUUCAUUUUUGACUGACGAGUGCCCAAAUCCGGUGCUGAAGGUAUGCUCUGCGUUGGCUUCUUUGCGAGUCGACAUGGCUGUUUUCCUCUUACCGUACGCACUUGAAAGCAUCUUGAGUAAAGCUGAAUGGAAAGGAAAGAUUGAUAAUGGGUCAAGCGCAAUGGAGCUUGAUAGCAUCGACUACUUUACGCGGCUUUCGGAAGCAAUCAAUCAAGGUAUCAGAUUCGUCUUAACAGGAGUUGAAAGCGGCAAGUCAAGUGUCCAAGGUGGAAAUAGGGUCGAACAGUAUCGAAGCCAGAAUACGAAUCCGUUCCAACUACCCCAAGUUGUACAGCUUAUUGUUCAUAGCAUAAAUUUUCUGCGUGAGACAAGGAAGGCUCAAUUCGUAGGACGUAGCGGCAAAGGUGAGCAACAACUACCGACUAGAAAAGGACCGAGGCGAUCGUCGGGAACGGAACCGUCGAUAUCAAAAAGGUCUCAUGGCAAUGAGUUGGCGUACGGAUGCAUGGUUGAUGUGGACCUUCUUGUCAUUGCCAAGGCUGCCAUUCGCGUCAAAAUGCCAUAUUCAGCCAUGCAGUAUGUGGAGAUGUGGUUGGAAAAAGAGAACGGUGGGAAGAUUACCCUCUUGUCUUCACUAACUAACGAUGAAGUAGCAAACGCUCUUCGCGAGAUCCUCGUCGAUGCGUACGGCUUUAGUAGCAACGAUGACGGGAUCUACGGAGUCAACGAUGGACGGACGUUGCAAUCCCAGUUGGUGAAGUUUAAUCGUGAGUGUCAGUACGCAAAGACUCUUCCGCUGUACGACGUAUCGCUUCAAUUCUCGAACGCAAACAUGUACGACGGGAGCAUGAUUGAUUGUGACCCGCCUCGAGUUUUGGAGGGAAUGCUGGCGUCGCUCCGAUCGCUGGGAUACAAUAACUUACUGGAGGGUUAUUUGCAAUCCAUACAGCCGGAUAGACGAUCUAUGUAUUCGGAUCCUGGCUCGUCUUCUUUGCAAGCUUUACAGCAUAAGUUCGAGCUUGCCUGGAAAAAUAUGCAGUGGGAAGCGGUUCUUCCAGGUCUUUCGACUAUAGAUAACGAUCGCUCUCGCAUAAAGGGACCGAUUGCGAACUGUUUGUCGCACCAGCAGAUGAUAUUUGAAGGCCUGCGAGCAAUAGCUCACGAGAAUUUUGCACACUUACAAAGCGCGAUGGCAACGGCAAAGGACCAGAUUAUGCAUUCAGUCCGGUUAAGCCUACACUCAUUUGAAAGCACGAAAGAUUCAUACUCCGCUUUGGUUCAUUUACGGGCAAUCCGAGAAAUGGAGGAGAUAGCAGCUCACAGUGGAAAAACGUGUUGUGUCAUAGAAAGUGAUAUGGUUCCAGUAGGUAACAUGACAGAACGAAACGGAGCUGGUUCAUCCCGAGUCAACGCAGUUGGUGUAGCGCGGAUAUCACCGAUAGCACAACCUUUGCUCGCACAAUGGCAAAAACGACACGACCAGAUUAAAAAUGAUUUUGACAAAGCUGAAAGCUUGUUAGCACUUGAAGAAGUUCUUCUCCAAGUUUCGAAGGCGUCAGACAAUAAGCAAGCACUGGUAAAAUUACACCUUGACCUUGCAUCGGUGGGUCGAAAAUCAGGACGGACAGCGGUGGCGUAUAGAUCAUUGCUAAAGCUUGAGCAGCUCAAUCAGAGUGGCAUGCUGUGCAUUUCUGAGAAAAUGCAGUGGAAAAUACAAAAGGGUAAACUGCUCUGGAAACAACAGGAGUUCCAAAGUGCCAUUUGGACCGGGAAGGAAGUAUGCUCUGAGCUGUCCACUUACUUACACGACUCGUCGCUAUCUGUCGAUAAAGCGAUACCGUUGCAGUUGCUACUGGUUAAUGUACUUACUACGACCGGCAAGUGGAUCGCAUCGCAGCGUUGUGAAAGCUCCCAAAUUGUUCUGGAGCAGUACUUCCAAAAAGCUACCAGAAUCGUGACAUCGAUGGAAGCUGAAGCUGUUUCGGUGAGGGCGCGAGAUGCUGCAAAAGCUCACUUUGUGCUCGCCGAUUUUAUGGCCGCGAUGAACCAGCAAGUCAGUUCUCGUGUAACGUCACGUGAGUGGUUAGCGGGGAAGGAGGUGGUGCGAGCACGACACGAAGAGCUUCAAAAACUACAAACGAUGGAACAAGGAAUGCAAAACGAAAAUCGAGCUCAUAUCUUUGCCCUAAACAAAGAAGUUGCACACGAUAUGGAUGAGCGCUCCAAGGUAGAGGCAUCUGUGAAUCAUUUUCUGAUCGGCGCGUUGCACAGUUACGGCAAAGGAUUGUGUCUGUCACCCCAGGCUGAGCUUGCCAUGGUAUUUCGUGUGCUCUCGCUGUGGUUUAACAAUCGAGGCAAGGCUGAAAUCAAUCGAGUCGUUAUCGAAGAAAUUAUUGACGUUGUGCCGUCGUUCAAGUUUAUACCACUAUCUUACCAAAUUAUCUCACGCAUUAGUAGUAGACCCGCGGAUACCGACACAUUCGAAACUGCGCUCCGCAAGCUCGUGAUGAAAUUAAGUGUGGAGCACCCACAUCAUACACUGGUACAGAUUGUCACGCUGAAGAAUAGUGGUGAGGUAGAAGGCAAAGGUGCUUUGCAGUUUCGUACAAAUGUUGGAGAUGCAAAGGCCGAAGGCGCAAAAUUGUACCUGGCUGAGCUGAUGAAAACAGAACAGCGUAAGCUGCUUGAGUCGCUUGACUUCAUAGCAAAUGCAUACAUUCAAUUGGCGCUGUUCGACACGAGCGAGUAUCAUGGACACAAGAAAAAAAUACCGCUUUCGAAAGUACCGAUAAAUGCGAUGGCAUCGGGCAGAUCCGGAGUUAUCGCAUUCGAUCAGUGUCUUCGCGUUCAUGCACGACGGGGAGAUGCGGCCAUGAUGCCGGCAGUACUCACGUCCAGUAUCCGACCGCAAGUUGAUAUGGACUACUCAAAUGUAGUUCGCAUGUACUCGUUUGAGCCUCUGUUCUCGAUCACGGAUAGUGGCAUACAUCGCCCGAAGAUCAUAUAUUGCUACGGUUCGGAUGGCAGACGGUAUAAGCAGCUGGUGAAAGGCCAAGACGACACGCGACAAGACCUUGUCAUUGAGCAAGUGUUUGAAACAAUGAAUCAGUUCUUAUUAGAGGAGAAAGAGACUCGCAAGCGUAAGUUACGACUGCGCACAUACCGAGUAGUCCCGCUCUCACCCAUUGCUGGUGUACUAGAAUGGGUCGAGAACACGACACCAUGGGGAUCAUAUCUUGUUAGCCGAACGUCAAAGAUGUUGUCAGCUCAUGAGCGGUACCACCCCUUUGAAUGGAAGCAUGCUGAAUGUCGUCAAUAUCUGAAGAAUGCGGCAGAAAAGCUACCGGCCUUUUUGGAAAUCCAGGCGAAUUUCACUCCAGUAUUUCACCAUUUCUUCUUGGAAAGGUUUCCUGAUGCGGCUGUAUGGUACCAUCGUCGACUGGCUUACGUACAAAGUGCUGCCGUAACUUCAAUCGUUGGCUACAUUCUUGGUAUCGGUGAUCGCCACUCUCAAAAUAUUCUGAUUCACGAGGAGACAGGGGAGCUCGUGCAUAUUGACUUUGGCGUCGUCUUCGACCAAGGAAUGGCUCUGUACACUCCAGAAACUGUUCCUUUUCGACUUACACGAGAUAUGGUGGAUGGGAUGGGAAUUGCUGGUGUAGACGGGGUCUUCUCUCGAUGUUGUGAGGUUACGUUACAACUUCUGCGCAAAAAGAGUGCAUCCCUGGUUACAAUUCUUGAGGUUUUCGUACACGACCCCCUUUACCGCUGGACACUUUCGCCGCUCAAAGCACUAAAAAUACAGGAGGGUGGCGAACGGAACAGCGUGAAAUUAGCUACACGAAACUCGAGCCGCCACGCUGCCGUCGCUACUGCCUGUACUUAUGAGACUCAACCUGUGACGGAGUUACAAGAAGAACAUGGAAGCACGGAUGCAGCUGCUCGAGCGCUGAUUCGCGUCAAACAAAAGCUGGAGGGUUAUGAAGAUCCAAAUGGUAGCGCCUUGAGCAUCGAAGGCCAGAUCAAGCAGCUUUUAAGCGCUGCGCAGGAUCCACAUAAUCUGUGCAAACUCUUCCCGGGAUGGGCUCCGUGGUUGUAG